GGUAGGAGAAGAUAGGGGAUGUCUGUACCAUUUUAUUACCCGCGAUAGAUCGAAGGAGUCGAUAUGCUAGGUCGUCGAUACAAUUCUCCUUUUCUCAGAGAAAAUAUCAUAUCCGGAAAAUGAUGAUGAGAAUCGAAUGGAACGAAUGCAAAACCGUAGUAGUAGAGAUCAUCCGCUCGUAUGACAAAAAGCGGAUUCUUCGGAUGUUACUACAUUCCGUUGUCGGCCGUUUGGCGAGUCUCUCGAGGAGAGCAGAGAUUUAAAAGGAGGGCGCCGUGAUUGUCUUCGUAGAAACGUUUAUCGCGUCGCAGAUGUGCGAUAAAGAGGAAGGGAAGGGGUCGAUCGCCCUCGCGCGCAUUGUCCGAUACGCGUAUCGCUUAUUAAACGAUCCAAUCGAGCGUGUUACGUCAGUUGUAUGAAAAUACCACUCAAUGAGUCACUCGGGGAACCGCCUAAGGAAUUUCUUCGUACGAGAAAGCGCGAGAGAGUUUUUCGUCGUCUGUCGCGGAAAAGAAACCUUUUGUCUCGACAAUUUAGCGUCUACAAUCGAUGCGGGAAACCUAACGUGAGAUUCGCGACGCGGAAUUGUUGAUUACUCCACUUUUCUCUUCUUAUGGCGCGUCACUUUCUCCCAAUUAGUAUUAACCCUUUAACAGAGGUCGACUCUCUUGCGCGCGAGUGUUUGUCGAGCGCGAUACGCUCGUUGAGAUUACCUUCGUCCGGCGAGUAGUAAAAAAUUGCCGCAAAUGACAUCAGAGGAGAUGAUUUUGGAGGAAGGGCGAUAUCGAUACGUGUUUCUUAUUAGUGCGCGAAUGACAGCUUUUAUCAACGGCUGAAACAUAAAAAUACGGUCGGAAUUUUGCGAUAACGCGUGUAUACUUGUGGCUAAUGCUUUUGAUCGUGCCGGGUAGUGUGCGGCUCGCAAUUAACCGCCCGAUGAAUUUAUCGCUAAUUGAAUCAUAAUUCGUUGUUAUGACCGUGAAGCACGCGCUCGUUCAAAUGAUUCAGACCUGGAUUAGCACGGAGAUUUUUCUUCGAAAUGCAGACAACUCUAUCGUUCUUUUAUCGCUCGAUUAACCGAUUUUAUGACAAAGUCACGGAAUCUAUCGAGAUACGCGAUAGAGAUACCACACAAGUGGAAGACGAAUGAAAGAAUGUUGUUGGAAAUUGACGGAAGCUUACGCGAGAGUAGGAAAAGUGGAAGUAAGAAAACGAGAUUGUAUAGUAAGACAACAUUUUCUCGUCGAGAAACCCAGAAUUCCUUCGUCUUCUUGUAUCUAAUUUUACUGUCGCGCGACAGAAUGGCUGUGUGGUAGUAAAAGUGUCGCCUUUAGAAAACGAAGAAGGCGAUGUCUCUGGGCAGGGAUGCUUGAUCACCGGCGCUGCUCCGUAAUAGGUUACAGGUCGAAAAAGGCAAUUCACACAGGUGCGCUCCUCAGCCACGGACUGUGGACUGUUGUGUUACGUAAUGUGUUACAGGAUCUAGCAGCAACUCGAUGCAUCGCUUUCCGCGUGUCAUUCUGCUGCCCUCUUCUCCGCGCCUUACGCCGACUGACUCUUUCGAAUUAUGUGAAAUACUACUUUUUUCUUUUAAGCGGUACCAAGGCAGAUGGAGAUUUUAUUUAUCGAUACGAGCAUACAAGACUCAAAAAAUCUCUUGGUUACUUUUGGAAUCUAGCUGUGUAGAAGACGUCACAGGAAUAUUAUUUUCAGGGUUGGCUGUUGAAAUAAUUUGCGAUUUUUAGGAAAUCAUCCAUUCUUCCACUCAUUUGUUCCGGCAGACCGGCCGAAAUCUACUUUCAUCAUCUACUAUCGUGUAAAAGACGUAUAUAUUGUUGAAAAUAUCGAAUAUAAGAUGCAAAACUUUCCCGAACUCCCUCGCGUGACGCAGUCCUUCAAAUUAUUGCCAGUACAUACACAGAUAAUCCUGGAACCAUGCUGCUUAUUUGGUGCUACUAAACCUAACGCACAGUAAUUUCAAGGACGCGCUCGUUGCCGAGACACGCGGGAUGGUUUAUACGCAUACUUUAACUUGACCAUAUUUUUAUUCUUUGGACGCAUGCCAACCGCAAUACUAACAACUGGAAGAGUGGACUUUCGUUCUUGUCUAGGGUGGUUCCGUGCGGUCUCCAAAAAAAUCUGCCACGUGAUGAACCAGGAGGUCAAGAAGGAGACUCCACUGCAGUUCAAGUUCCGUGCAAAAUUCUAUCCCGAGGAUGUCGCCGAGGAACUCAUACAGGAUAUUACGCUUCGACUUUUCUAUCUUCAGGUGAAGAAUGCUAUCCUCACGGAUGAAAUAUACUGCCCACCGGAAACGUCCGUCCUAUUAGCUUCGUACGCCGUUCAGGCGAGACACGGCGACUAUCAGAAGGGUAGUCAUCCCGCUGGUUUCCUGGCGAACGAUCGGCUGUUGCCGCAGCGCGUCGUCGACCAGCAUAAGAUGAGCAAGGAAGAAUGGGACAGCUCGAUUACGAACUGGUGGCAAGAGCACCGUGGCAUGUUGCGGGAGGAUGCCAUGAUGGAGUAUCUGAAAAUUGCUCAGGACUUAGAGAUGUAUGGUGUGAAUUACUUUGAAAUUCGCAACAAGAAGGGCACAGACCUUUGGUUGGGUGUGGAUGCUUUAGGUUUGAACAUCUACGAGAAGGACGAUAAGCUUACGCCGAAAAUCGGUUUCCCUUGGUCCGAGAUACGGAAUAUCUCGUUCAACGAUAAGAAGUUCAUAAUCAAGCCGAUCGACAAGAAGGCGCCGGACUUUGUAUUUUUCGCCACCAGAGUCAAGAUUAACAAGAGAAUCCUCGCGCUGUGCAUGGGCAAUCACGAGCUCUACAUGCGCAGACGUAAGCCGGACACGAUCGACGUGCAGCAGAUGAAGGCUCAAGCGAGAGACGAAAAAAUAGCGAAGCAGCAACAGAGAGAGAAACUACAAUUGGAAAUAGCCGCUCGUGAACGCGCCGAGAAGAAGCAGCAGGAGUACGAGGAGAGGCUAAGAAAUAUGGCGGAAGAAAUGGAUAGGCGGCAGGUCGAAUUGAACGAGGCUCAGGAAAUGAUUCGGCGCUUGGAGGAGCAGCUGAAACAGCUGCAGGCUGCCAAGGAAGAGCUGGAAAAUCGGCAGAAGGAGUUGACGGCGAUGAUGGAGAAGUUGGAACUCUCGCACGAAAUGGAGGCUGCGGAACGCGCCAAGCUCGAACAGGAGAUCAGGGCCAAGCAAGAGGAAGUGCAACGCAUACAGUCCGAGGUGGAGGCAAAGGAUGCGGAAGCUAGGAGAUUACAGGCAGAAUUCGAAGCGGCCAAGCUGAGACACGAGGAAGCUGACCGAGCAUAUCAGGCCAAUACGACUCCGCAUCAUCAUCACGUUGAGGAAAACGAAGAGGGUGAGGAGGAGGGCGAGGACGAAGUUCCCCAAGGUGACGUUACCAAGGAUCUCGCGACCGACGAAUCGAUCAUCGAUCCUGUCGAGGAGCGCCGCACCUUGGCCGAGAGGAACGAACGUCUCCACGAUCAGUUGAAGGCACUGAAGCAAGAUCUCGCCCAGUCUCGCGACGAGUCCAAGGAAACGGUGAUGGAUAAGAUCCACAGGGAAAAUGUACGCCAAGGUCGCGACAAAUAUAAAACGCUUCGUGAGAUCCGCAAGGGCAACACUAAGCGCCGCGUUGAUCAGUUCGAGAACAUGUAA